GAGGUGAAGACUGGCAGACUGGGUGUCUCUGUAGUGUCUGGAAAGUAUAUGAGACUGGAGAUAGUGACAGUAGCCACUGUUGCUUGAGGUUACAGAGAGAGUUUGGAGAAAGUUGUGCUAAAACCCAUUUUCUCAACAUGAAAGAGCAACAUCAUUUCAGCAGAAAAGCUGUUGCAGCCUGGUGCUUGGUACUUAUGGUACUCGCCCAACAGGUAGCUCCUAGUCCUGUUAGAGAGAUUGAGGCCGCCUUAGGCUCCUUGCAAGGAGUUCAGAGGUCACUCAGUAGAAUGGCCCGUAUGACACCCCUUUGGAGAAUCAUGGGUACUAAACCCCAUGGGGCAUACUGUCAGAAUAACUAUGAGUGUUCCACGGGAAUAUGCAGGAAAGGACACUGCUCCUUUAGCCAACCUAUAAUUUCCUAAGAGUGGAAAGGCUUACUUCUUCUCCAGCCCAAAUGUCACAGACUGCCCGGAACCUUGCAUUUAAUAGAAUAAAAAAGGGUUUACUUGUUGGUUGGAAGAAAAAGUAAUGUGCAAUUUAAAGGCAGAAAUGUGGCAAGAGUAAAGUUGAUUGUUUAUGUUGAUGGAGGGUAAGGUGAAAUAGUUUUCAUACAAGUAUAUUCGUAUAUGCAUGAAUUCAUAAUACAAGUAAACAUUUUUUCUCCAGUUUAACAACAUAAACCUCAUAACCUACAGUAUAAUACACUACCUGUAUACUACUAUUAUUAUUAUUAUUAUUAUUAUUAUUAUAAUAUUUUAUUUAAUAUUCCAUUUUAUCACACUGUGCAUAUAUAAAAUUUUGGGUGGUGCUUGUGAUGGAUAAAAUCUCGCUACCGCUGGUUAUCUGAACAUGUAUUGAGCCAACCCUUGGUAUUAGAUCAUGUAAUGCCUGGAUGCUGCACAAGUAGAGCUGGCAGCAGGUCGCACGUAUAGUCCAUGCAGACUUUCAACCUGAGUGUCAUUGAACUACAGAUAUCUGUUAGCAGAAAGAGAGAGAAAGUGUGAUUAACAGUGCAAAGAUUAAAGGCCUUAUUUGAAUAAAUGAAGAUACUAUUAAUGUGGUUGCACAGAUGACUUCUCUGUUUCCUUAUGUGCUAAACCUUUUGUGCUUUUUAUUUUUAUUUGGAAAACAUCUUCUGCCUUUUUAUUUUUGAUACAAACCUGACAUUUGGCAUACAUCUCGCAUAACACUGUUAGAAUAUUCAAGAUUCUUCUGCUGGAUAAUCUAUUUAUUAUAUUUGAUUAUUUUGAAUGAAUCAGUGUAUGCUUUUGAGUGACUGAGAAAAUGUUCUGAAACUGUUACCUUAGAUGUGUAUUGACAUUACUGAAUGUGUUUAGUUGCUUUUGUGUAUGCUACAUUUGAUAUCUGAAUGAAACAAUAAUAAAAACUGUUCUAUCAAA